AUGGCUCACCGCACUCGCAUCUCCACAGCUCCAAUCCCCAGCUGUUGUCUGACACCGGAGCAAAAGGAGACCCUAAUUAACGCCGUCAAGGAGAGGCCCGCGAUUUGGGACACCUCUUCCGACGAUUACAACGAUGGCUCGAGACGUCGAAGGGCAUACGCAGAAGUUGCUGAGAUACUUUCGGAUGACAACUACUCGUAUAAACGUAAGUUGCAGUAGUUUUUUAGGUGGCAUGGGAUUAGAUUUGUUGGGAGUAUCAAAAUUCAGAGGCCGGAUUUUUUUGAAACUUUGGUCAAGAUAAGAUUAGAAUUUUUUAUAAGAUUUUUGUACGUCUUUUUCGGAAAACACGGAUUUUUAGGCCGAAAGUUGGCGGAAUUUCAACCUUUUCCGAUUCUCGAAAUAAAAAUUUGGCAUUGUGAUCCAAUUUUGUGGAUAAUUUUUUUGACAAAAGUUGACAGAUUUGUGCGUAAAUUGUUUUUUCAUUGACGUCUUUUUUUCGGGUGAUCAGAGGCUACCUAAAAUAAAAAUCAAUCGAAAAUAUCUAAAAAUCCCAUUUCAGCCGCAGAAAUCCAAAUCGAAUGGAAGAAAUUGCGCGACGUCUUCAACCGUACCCUCAAAAAAGUCCUCGCCGCCGAGACCAGCCACGAUGUUUGUUGGCGUUAUUGGGAGAAGAUGCAGUUCAUUGCACCGCCAGAGCAAUUGUUAUCGCUUCGAAUGAAGAUGGAGACAGAGCCGCAAGGUCGGAGUUCAGUGGAUAUUUUGCAACGUCUUGUUGAAUCAUCUCUUCUCCGCGAAAACGAGGAAUGUCUGUUUGUCAAGGAUGACGAUGUGGAUACGAAACCACUAAGCAGUUUGGAAUGGCUUUCGUAAGUUUUUAGAUGGAGUAUCUGAAAUUUUGUAGAGAAACCAAAAUUUUUGCAAAAUGUUAACCUUUCACCUGUCCCAAAUAUAAACCUACAUAUUUGCAGGCAAAACUGCGCUCAAGCGGCCAACGAAUGCACGGACAAUGAGAGUUCUUCACCCAAAACCUCCAACAAAGCCUCGCCCAAGCACGAGGACAACUUUGACGACUCCAAGAACUCCAAUUCCGACGACCUGGAGCCCCUUCACAAGCGGAAGAGACCCUAUUUCAAGAGUGCGACACGAGUUUUGCCAUCUAUCCCUGCUUCGACAAGCAGCUCGCUCCAGUCGACAGAUACUUUUGCAACUUUCGGAGCGUUCGUGGCCAGCCAUUUGAGAGCAAUUUCGGCGAAAAAUAAGGUCAAUGGGAUCAUGCUUAAGAGAGAGUUGAUGGAGCUUUGUUUGAAGUAUGAGUUGGACAAUUUAUGAGAGGAUUUUGAUUGAUUUUGUAUUAUUUUAGUGGGAGAAACUUUUUCGCCGAAGGAAAAAAUAAUUCUCGUUAGAUAUAGCCCCUAAGUUAUCUGUUGUAUCAUCUAAAGUAUUGUAUUUCAACUGCAUUUUAACGAUUUUAGCCACUAUUGAUGUAUGAGUUUCUAUUGCCAUAACUCUUUUGUUACCCAUAAUUCACCCACAAUCUCAUGUAAAAAAAAAGAUUUCCGUAUCUCUAAACAUGACAGCAGCAUUACUCCUGGAUCUUGUCCAUCAACUAGUCACGUCUCUUUUUAGCGAAAACACGACUCCUUUCCGGGUUUCAAAAAAAUGUUUCACAAUGCUCGUUUUUCAAUUGUUUUUUUUUUGCUUUCCAGUUCCAUUUGAAUUUUUGUAAGAUUGUACGAAAGUAAUAAACGUAGUUAUUGAUUUAUGUACUCGACAUUAUGUUUGAAAUUCAAAAAAAAAUGUCUUGAAGAAUCGCGGUUUGCAAAAGCAGUGAAAUCCUUCGCGCUGAAAAAUUACCCCUCAGAUUUUGGUGAUGUUUUUUGGCCAUAGAAGGGUGAAGAAAUAAGAAAUGUAUACUCCCCGCCAAAAGUUUUGACCCCCCUUCUAACUCGGCCCAAAGUGUACCAAUUUGGACCAAAUUUGGUACGUAGUUUACUGACAACCUUGUAGUAAAAAAUAUCAUAGUAGGACAAACCAUUUAGCUGUAUUUCAAAAUCCAGGGACAAUUUUCAAAAAUCACCUCAAAAAAACGGGACAAAAGUUUUGACCCCCCUGCAAAAAAAUUAAAUAUCGAAACCGGACGUAGCCCGAACCUUUUACAAUCGAUGCCCCAUACUUGAAUACAGAUUAAUAAAUGCUUUUUCGUUGAAUGCUUCGUUGCAUUUGAGGAUGCAACGCGAUAAACUGAUUUUGAUGUAGAGCUGCCCAAAAUGGUAAAAAUCUUGUACUGGCGCUUUCCAAAAGUUUCAAAUUAUGUUCACAUCAUGUGAUCUUGACAUGUUAUAACCUACAUUAACCUUUUCCUUUCGAAAAAAGUCCGUGAUGGCCUAGCGGUAUCGAUUCGGCCGAUAUCCAGUUGUCAUGGUCAGCCUUGGUGAGCCAUUUGCUCUUUGACUAAAGGUAUAGAUGUGGUCGCUAGUUCCUCAAUCUAAUCCUGAGACUCCUAUUUACUCUCAGCAUGCACAAAGGUUUCGAUUUGACACAUUUUGGAAUGGGUUUCAUUCACCUUAAUCUUAAGUUUGCCGUUACUGUAGAUGCCCCCGAGUACGAUGCCAUCCCCACCGCCCAUUUGGCGUUCCAUACGUCUCAAAUGAGUAUGGCGGGUGCUGUAGCGUCCUAA